GGUUCUAUUUGAAGUUAUUUUAUUUACUGAAAUUUCCAUUGUAGAGACAAAUUAAAAAAUUGAAAAUUUAAGUACUCUUCUUCUCGUUUAAUUGUAAAAAUAAUUCGGUUGGUGUCGUGAAAAAAAAAACAACGGAAAACUACUGAAAGUUUUCGUAAAAAUUGAUCAGCGUUUCAAUGGCCUCAUCACGACCUACAAAAACGUUGUCGCUAGUUCAGCAAAGAGCUCGACAGUUUGAAGCUCUGGCAACAUUAGAUGCUAAACCUAAAGAGUGUAAUUGGUGGUUAUCUGAUUUUAGAAAUUCAAAAAGCGAUCCGUGUGAAUGUGACCCUUGCGAAAAUUCGAAAGCAAUUAGCGAUACUGAUGAUGUGGUCGCCGAUUCUGAGAAACUAGUGAGUGAUGAAGAACAUGUUGAUGAUAAUCUGGUUGCUGAUGUUGAGGAACAGGUGGAAGAUGAGGGAGAAAAUGACGAAGUGUUGCCUGAUGAUGAGGAAACGGCAACUGAAAUCGAACAGAAUGAUACAAACGAAGGAAAUGACGAUAUAGACGAAAUGCCUGUUAAAGGAAAAGUCAUAGAAGCAGUUAAUGAUAACGUCCACUUUCAACGUAUGUCCAUCAAACAUCACAAAACAACAUUAGUUCAUCCAAUUGAGGAUGUGGGAGCACCAUUCACGGACGAGGAAUACGAUUCAUUCACAGAUGACGACUUGGAGUACUCGGAUCUUGAGGAGGAAGAUGCAGAAGAAGCGGUAGUGGAAGAUGUAAUCAAAGCUUCAGACGAAAAUCUACCGGAAAAUGUAACAGAGAGCAAAUUGGCGAAUAUAGUUCAGGAACUGAUUGAAAACGAGAAAACGUACAUCGACAAACUAACUACAGGAAUCAAAGUUUACGUGGAACCGGUCCGCGGUAAAAACUUACCUCCUUCUUUGCGCGGCCAAAUGUAUUACAUAUUCGCGAACAUUGUUCAAAUUCGGGACUUUCAUGAACAAACAUUUUAUCCGAGCCUGCUUGCGUGUAAUGGUGAUGUUCUAGCACUGAGCGAUACGUUUUCUAAGUUUAUACAAAGUGGUUAUUUCUACAGCUACGUUUUGUAUGCAAUGAAUAAGAAGCGUUCCGAAAGGAUUCGGGAUAUACCUGGCAAUAAAAUCUUUUUUGUGGAUCGCCAGAAUGAGAUGCGGGAUAAGUUAGGCAUUAACAGUUUCCUGAUGGAACCCAUUCAGCGGCUGCCCAAGUAUCGAUUGCUUAUUGAUCAACUUGCGAAAGUGUUGAGUCCGUUUUUAGAAGUUGAGAAAUCACGAUUGGCUGCAUGUUCUCGAGCGGAAAAAAAUGUGCAGCGACUGUUGAACACAGUAAACGAAUCAAUAUCCUUGAAUGAUAUCAUUGAUUGCAAUGAGAUCAACCUAUUCCACCAAGGAAAAUUUCUGCGACAAAAUGAAUUCGAUGUGUACGAUCAAGAGACACGGCGCCGCUACCGCGGUAAAGUGUUCCUAUUCGAGAGGUCCAUUGUAUUCGCCGAAAAAUUGGACGAAAAGGUGCUACACUAUCGUGGACACUAUCCGAAGGAUGUGACCGGUAUACGUGAAUAUGACGAAGCCAAGAAAUUUGAAUUGUUCAUUGGAAAGUCGGGAAAUCGUCAAAUCGAACUGAGCUCAACUGAAUUCGGACUGAUUCAAUCUUGGGUGCAACUAGUGAAGGAUAUGCUUGUCAGAUCUAUUGAACAAGAGAAACGUAAAAUCGCUAAGAGAACGCAUGACAUUCGAAUCAGAAACAGUCUACGAGCCACCGAUGUUAUUGUACGAAAAAGUGGUGCUAACUAUGGUAGUGCAAGUGCAAGUGGAGGUUCUUGGACAGGAAGUAGUUCAAGUAGUGGUGUGUCCAGUAAAUCUGUUAGCCUGGCAUCGAGUGCUUAUGCAAGUGGUAUAAGCAACAUCAGUAAUAUUAGCGGCUAUAGCACUGCAAGUGCCGAUUCAGAUACAACCCGAACAACGUGGUAUACGAACAUGGAAGAACAGCAACGGCAAGAGGAUAGCAAUAGCAAUAAUCAAAAAACAACGGAAAAUUUAUUGACCUACGAGAAGCACUACAUCUAUUUAUUGUCCCAAUUCGUUAAAGUUGAAUUGGCCGAAUUGUCCGACGAUAUAAAAUUCCAAAUCAGAACGUACAUGCAAGUGACGAGUGAAAUUCUACGACUUCAUCGUGAACAGAUCUAUCCGGAUUUGAAUAAAUGUGAUCAAGACAUUGGACUGAUUUGUAAUGUGUUCCGAACAGCCCUCGACUACAAUUCGUUGCAGGUCUAUGAGACAUACACUGGAUUUGUACCGCGAGCGUAUCAGAUCAUCUUAAAGCUUACUGGUAACAAAAACUUCAAGCAUUUGAUGAACUUACCGGUAAAACAAAUCAAAUAUUACGGAGACAUGUUGGGAAAAAUGCUGCACGAACUGAAGGAAAGUGAUCAUAUCAGCAAUAUUCGCAACGAAUUGAAAGAAUUGGCAUUGACCGACAUGGAAUAUUCAAAGUUUCAGAAACGCUGUGUAGCGAAUUACAAUUUAAAUCAAUUGGAUCCGACCAUUGCCGAGCAGUAUGGCCUUGUACUGUUAGCAGAAAAAGUAACUGUCGGUACUGCGGAGCAUACCUUAUUGAUACUUGAACGAGGACUGGUGUGCGUCAGAUCCCGUAUAAGUUCGAAAACUCAAGAGGACAAGUACACCAGACGGUUGUUUUUGAUCGAUCGGAAAUGCAUCAGCUUUUCAACCGACAAAUAUCCAACGGCUGCUAAAUUCUACGACAUCUGUUCGAGGGACGUCAAAUACAAAGUUACGUUUAAUUCGUCGGAAAGGAAAACUAAAAUUAUCGUCGAAAUUAACAAAAUUAAAUCGAAUUAUUGAGAGAA